CUUGCCUUUUGUCAAACAGGUACCUGCCCAACUGAAUCAUGAGGAUCCACAGUGUCACCCUGCUCUUCCUCCUCCUCCUUGUGGCCUCUCAGGUGCUCUUGAUGGAGGCACACAAUGAGAUAAAGAAUGAACAUAACACAGGUCUUCACGUCACUCACAGUGCGACAAAAGAUUCACCACCCCAGGUUAUUGUCACUGGUGGAUUCAUUACCAAAGACAAAGCCACAUGCAACAUCUCUGUGACUGAACGAGACAGAGGCAUAUCUCUGCAGGUAGAUUGUGUCCGAUUUGAUCAUGUGUUUUCCUGUGUCUUUAUGGGAGAUCCAGCUGCAUGCCUCCGCUGUUUGGACAAUGACACUUUCUACUGGAAACAAAUUGGGUGGCACCUGAGCAGUCAAAAAUAUAUCUGUGAGGACUCCAAGGUCAUCCUGAAGACCAGGGUGUGUCGUAAGAACUAUCCAGAAUCCAACCUCAAGCUGGUAAACUCAACUCUGAUUGACUGCAAGAAACUCAGACAGGGGCCCUGCCCUGCAGAGGCAGUCAAAACCCAAGGGCUCACUACCACAGAGCAGGUGCACAUUGGAAAAACCAUUCGUACUGAGCAGGUCAAGGGCAGAAGAACCACCCACAUCACCCCGAGCCAGACCCAAGAGAUCAUUCCUACUGAGCAGGUCAAGGGCAGAACAACAGCCCACAUCACUCCAAGCCAGACCGAAGAGAUCAUCCCUAAAGAGUCAGUAAAGAUCCAAGAGAUAACCACUUCAAGCUCAGUACAGAAACAAACCACAGUUACCACUAGAGCCAACUGUGUGACUGCAUCAGGCAUCCAACCCAGGAAGACAUCCCAGCAAUCAGAUCAACAGAGGGAAGAGUAUGAGCAGGAAGUGGAACAGCAGGUGCCACUA